AUGCCUCAGGAGAUCUACUUUGACUCCGACGAGUCGGAUUUCUCAGAGACGGACAUUUCCAUCCAUGCGGGCACAGGCUACAGCAGAGGAGGAGGAGGUGGCGGGCGCACCCAUGUUCGCCGGCGAUCCGUCUCACGCCAUCCUCGUCCAGAGUACCGCGAAACGCUCAUGGUCCCCGUGCAGCAAACCACCCGCAUCCACCGCUCGCAUUCCACGGGUGCUCGGCGGCACCGCGAGCGCAGUGAUCCCCCCGCUCCCCCCGCUCCCCCCGCUCCGCCUGCCGUCAUGAUCUUCAAUGAGCAGGCCCAGCGUGCCGAUACCAGCGCCAGCAACAAACCACGCCGAGUCCAGCAAAAAGUCUACGACCCCGACUGGGACGAGGAAGUGGUGUCGCCGCGGCGCGGUCGCCGGGCUGCUCCGGCCGUCUCCCGCGAUCCCUCCCCGAAGCAGGUGCAGCAGGUGCAUGUCGUGGAGCGGGAACGGGAGCGGGAGCGCGACCGCAGCCGUGACCCGGAGCUUCUACUGAACCAGAAGCUUCUGGAGCGAAGCGAUAUGCGACAGGAUCUGGAAAUCUGGAAGCAGCAGCAGGAGAUCGAGCGGUUGGAACGUGAGCUGGAACGACAUCGCGAGCGGGCCGAGCCGCGCGAUCCACGAGAGUCACGCCUGUUGCGCGAGGAGGAAGAGUGGUACGAAGAUGAGAUCAGCGACCGCAUGCGCCGACUGGAACGAUUCGAACGCAAGAACCGCGCCGAGGAAGAGCGCCGUAAUGCGGAGAAAGAAUGGCGCCUGAGGAAACUCGAAGAACAGGAGCGUGAAGAGGCCGACCAAAAGGUUUGGCGCCUCAGGAGACUCGAACAGGCGGAAAAGGAAGCCGCCGACCGUGAAGAGCUCAAACAAAAGAUCCACGAGGAGAAACUCAGGGAGAUUGUCCGGCAAAAGGAAGAAGAGGAAGAGCGCGACAGGCUGCGAAGGGAGUUCCUCGAAGAGGAACGUCGCAAAGCGGCCAAGGCAAAGGAGGAGGAAGAGGAGCGGGAGAGACUACGACAGGAGUUCCUCGAAGAGGAACGUCGUAAGGCAGUUGCCGAGGAGGAGAAAAGGAAGAAGGAGGCCGCAAUGAAGGCCGCCGCUGUGGAAGAGUGGAAAAUGGAGCAGGCGCGUAUUGCGCAGAGAGAGCGCGAGGAAGCACUGAAGAAGGACCGGGAAUUCCGUGAACGUCUCCGGCUCGAGUUCGGUUACACCGAGGAAGAAAUCGAUGAGAUCCUCAAGAAGAAAGAGAAAGCCAAGAAAGAAAAGGAGAAGGAGCCGAAGAAGAAAGAGCACAAAGAAAUCGAAUUGAAGGAGGACAUUGUUGAAGAAAAGACGACCUGGAUCAAGGUCCACCGCAGGCAUCUCAUGCCCGAGACUCUUCUUGCUUACAACUUGCCCUGGGACUGGGAUGAGCGCGACAGCAAUUACAUUAUCAUCAAGCGCUGGAUCACCGAAGACUUCCAGGAAGAGCUCUUCGCUCACACCCGCCGCCUCCGUGAGGGCAAGCUAGUUGCGCAGACCUCCAGCUCGACAACCGAGCUGAAGAUCAACGACCGCAACAAGGACAGAAUGUAUCUGGUGCGAAAGAAGAGCCCCAGCCGUCGACUUCGCAUCUUUGCUUAA